AUGACCCGCAGAUGCCUGAAGUUUGUGACUCUCGUGGUGCUCCUAAAUGCAGAUUUUCUCUCCCUGGGAGCCAGAGUGCAGCUUCAAGACAAUGGAUAUGAAGGAUUACUCAUUGCUAUCAACAACCAGGUAUCAGAGGAUCAGAACCUUAUCCCAAACAUUAAGGAGAUGAUAACUGAAGCUUCUUUUUACCUCUUCAAUGCUACUAAGAGAAGAGUGUUUUUCAGAAAUAUAAAGAUUUUAAUCCCCAACACAUGGAAAGCUAAUAAUUACAGCAAGGUAAAACAAGAAUCAUAUGAUAAGGCAAAUGUCAUAGUGACUGACUGGAGUGGGGCUCAUGGAGACGAUCCAUACACCCUACAAUACCAAGGAUGUGGAAAAGAGGGAAAGUACAUUCAUUUCACCUCAAACUUUCUACUAGAUGAUGACUUAAUAGCUGGUUAUGGAUCACGAGGCAGAGUGUUUGCCCAUGAAUGGGCCCAUCUCCGAUGGGGUGUGUUUGAUGAAUAUAACAAUGAGAAACCUUUCUAUAUAAAUGGGAAAAAUCAAAUUAAACCGACAAGGUGUUCAUCUGAUGUUACAGGUGUUUUUGUGUGUGAAGAAGGUCCUUGUCCCCAAGAAAACUGCAUUAUUAGUAAGCUUUUCAAAGAAGGGUGCAUGUUUAUAUAUAAUAGCACCCAAAAUGCAACAGCAUCAAUAAUGUUCAUGCAAAGUUUAUCUUCUGUGGUUGAAUUCUGUAAUGCAAGUACCCACAACCAAGAAGCUCCAAACCUACAGAACCAAAUGUGCAGCCUUAGAAGUACAUGGGAUGUCAUUAUAGAUUCCUCUGACUUCAGUCAGAGCUUUCCUCUGAACGGGACAGAACUUCCACCUCCUCCCACGUUCUCACUGAUGCAGGCUGGUGACAAAGUGGUCUGUUUAGUGUUGGAUGUGUCCAGCAAGAUGGCAGAGGCCGACAGAUUCCUUCACAUGCAACAAGCAGCAGAAUUUUACUUGAUGCAGAUUGUUGAAAAUCAUACUUCUGUGGGCAUUGUAACUUUCAACAGCAGAGGAGAGAUCAGAGCCCCACUACACCAAAUCAACAGCGAUGAUGACAGAAAGCAACUGGUUUCAUAUCUACCUACCAUUGUAUCAACCGAAGCAGGAACCAGUAUCUGCUCAGGACUUAAGAAGGGAUUUGAGGUGGUUGAAAAACUGAAUGGAAACACUUAUGGCUCUGUGAUGAUAUUAAUGACCAGUGGAGAUGACGAGCAUAUUGGUAACUGUCUACACAACGUGCUCAGUAGUGGGUCAACCAUUCAUUCCGUCGCACUGGGUUCGUCUGUAAGAGAAAAUCUGGAAGAAUUAGCACAGCUAACAGGAGGCUUAAAGUUCUUUGUUCCAGAUAAAUCUAACUCCAAUAGCAUGAUUGAUGUUUUUAGUAGAAUUUCUUCUGCAACUGGAGACAUUUUUCAACAACGUAUUCAGCUUGAAAGUACAGGUGAAAACAUCAAACCUCACCAUCGACUGAAGAACACUGUGAGCGUGGACAGUGGUGUGGGCAAUGAUACAACCUUCCUAGUCACAUGGCAAAUGGGUGAUCCCCCUGAGGUUGUACUUUCAGACCCCAAUGGAAGAAAAUACAACAUGAGUGAUUUUGUCACCAAUCUACCUUUGCGUACUGCUUGCCUCUGGCUUCCGGGAACUGCUAAGCCAGGGCUCUGGACUUACACACUGAACAAUACCCACCUUACUAGCCAAGCCCUGACCGUGACUGUGUCCUCUCGUGCUUCCAACUUGGCCACCCCUCCUGUCACUGUGGAAGCCUUUGUGGAGAGAGACAGCACCCAUUUCCCCCAUCCUGUGAAGAUCUACGCAGCUGUGAGGAGGGGCUUUCAUCCCCUUCUCCAUGCCACUGUGACUGCUACAAUUCAGCCGGAAACUGCAGAUCCGGUUAUGCUGAGACUUAUUGAUAAUGGAGCAGGUGCUGAUGUCAUAAAAAAUGAUGGGAUUUAUUCGAGGUAUUUUUUCUCCUUCACCGAGAAUGGUAGAUAUAGCUUGAAAGUGCAUGUCAAUCACUCAUCUGGCAUAAACAUUCUAGCCAACUAUGUUCCAGGGAGUCAUGCCAUGUACAUACCAGGUUACAUAGAAAAUGGUAAUAUUCAGAUGAAUGCACCACAAAAAUCAGUGGGCCUGAAUGAAGAGGAACAAAAGUGGGAAAUUGGCCGAGUCAGCUCUGGGGGCUCUUUUUCUGUGAAGGGAGUCCCAGAUGACCCCUACCCUGAUGUGUUUCCUCCAUGCAAAAUUAUUGACUUGGAAGCUAUAAGAGUGGAAGAUGAUGUGACUUUGUCUUGGACAGCCCCCGGAGAAGACUUUGACCAGGGGAAGGCUAAUAGCUAUGAAGUAAGAAUGAGCAAAAAUCUACAAAAUAUUCGUGACAACUUUAACAGUGGUAUUUUAGUGAAUACAUCAAAACUUAAUCCUCAGCAAGCUGGUACCAAGGAGAUAUUUACAUUUUCACCAGAUGUUUUCACAAAUGAACCUGAGCAUCAUCCCGAUGGAGGGAUACAAGAUCACAGAAUUUAUGUGGCCAUACGAGCAAUUGAUAAGAACUCCUUAAAGUCUGCUGUAUCCAAUAUCGCCCAGUUAUCUCUGUUUAUUCCCCUAAAACCUGCUCCUGUGUUUGCCAAAGAUCAUCUUAUAUUGGAAGGAAUUUUGAUAGCAAUGGGUUUGAUAGGAAUAAUCUGUGUGAGUAUAGUUGCAAUACACUGUAUUUUAAAUAGGAAGAAAAGAGCAGGCAAGAGUGAAAAUGGAACAAAAUUACUAUGA